AUGACUCCAUCUACAGCAGCAACAAAACCCCAAGGAGCAAUUACAGGAGACAUUCAUAAUAAAGAUAAUAACACCUUCAACACCCUUAUAGCCUCCUCUAUUGCAGCUUUUACCUCACGUCUUUGCACUCACCCUCUCGACACCCUCAAGACUCGUGUCCAGGCCUCAAACUCGCCACUUCCUCUAUUGCCUACAUUUGUUAACCUUGUCAAGAAUAAAGAGCUUUAUCGGGGUCUUCCGAUUGCUUUGACACUUAGUGUCCCUGCUUUAUCCGUUUAUUUGACUGCAUAUGAUCUUUCCAAGGACCGACUAUCAAAACAUUUCUCUUAUUUUGGAAGCAACACAGUCAUCAACCACAUGGCCAGCGCAGUUGUGGCCGAGAUCUCCUCUGGACUCUUUUGGACGCCUAUGGAGGUGCUUAAAUCAAAGCAACAAGUAGAGAAUAUGUCUUCCCAUUCACUGUCGUCCCUUUCUUCAAUCCCCUCAGCAGCAACCUCUGCUUCUUUACCAAAAUCACCACAAUCGCGUUCAUCCACUGGAGCAUUGCCAAGCUCCAAAACCAAAGCUUGUCACAUACCAACCGCUUCGUUUUCAACGACCAGAACAACCGCAACGGGAUUGCGAACAGCCGUCAGGACUUUCGAUCUUGCAAAGAUGAUUUAUCGCCAAGAAGGACUACGGGGAUUCUAUCGUGGGUAUUUUAUUACUUUGGGGGUUUUUGUACCAUAUUCGAUAAUAUACUUUACAACAUAUGAGCACCUCAAGAAGAUGGCAUGGCGUGAGCAGCAGCGAUCUGCAACUAUCAUAGCUGAGGGACAUGAAAAAGAUACACUACCAUUCAUGACAAUUGUCACAUGUGCUGCUGUCGCUGCAGGGAUCGCUGGAGCUAUCUCCAACAUCGUUGACAUCGUCAAAACGCGUUGGCAGAUCUCUGUACUCGCCACAGCUGAGGAUAACUCAUCAACAAAGAACAUCAUCCGUCAAAUGUUUCGUCAGGGAGGACUGGCAAGCUUCACACGAGGCAUGGGAGCACGCGUCCUAUGGAUGGUUCCAAGUGUUACUAUCUCUAUGUCUACAUUUGAAUGGUUAAAGGCACAAGGAUUUGCAGCAUGA